AGACACAUCCUUGUAUUAGAGGAACUUUGCCUGGACUCAGCCAGUGUGAGAGCAAUGAAGGAGGUGGUAGCAACUGCAAAUGUCUAGAAGAAACAUGACAAGUGGUUAUUUAAUUUCCAUUUUCUACAAAUUGCAUAAUAACAUUACUGCUUUCCUGACCCUCUGCUGGCAGCAGCAACGUAAUGAAACUUCAAGCCCUGAGGAGACUGCUUUUGCUGCCUUGAGCAGAAACCAAUACGAUGCUUUGAGGCGCCUGCGCUCCUACUGGGUCCCCCGGUUUCUCAUUCACCACCAGAGGACCAGGCAGCGCAGGCUCAGUUCAGGCUUCCCAAUCGACAAGGAGCUCUUCCCAAGUACUGACUUCCUGUCCUCUCUUAACAUGGCGGCAUCGCUUCCUGUUGUGGAUGACCAAAGGGACACAAUGAGAAAUGAAGACUCGAGAAUGCAAUUUAGGGGGAACAGAAAAAGUGGAAUUGGUCCAAGCAAGCAGUUGGACCUCGCAGAAGACCCCUCUGAAACACUGACCACCACCCGAUUUCUCCAGGUACUGAUGUGUGACCUGGGGGAUGGUGAUGGCUUUCUUCACUACUUGACUCGGUUUGAGGAUCCUCAGAAGACCCAUAACCUGUUGCUGUGGAGGAAGCUGAAGCUCUAUGAAGCUGCAUGGGCGCAGGAGGCAAGCCAGUCAGAAAUUCACCAUAUUGCUUGGAAGAUUUUUCAGACAUUUAUGGCGUCUUAUGCAGGAUGCAACACAGGGCUUAGCGCCCUUAUACUGGAAUACAUCCAGCAUCUUGAGAGGAUGCUUUCCUUUGGCAGUGAAGACCUGAAGCCUUCCACUUUUGAACCAGUGGUUCCCUAUGUUCUGGCUGUUCUGGAUGAGAUGUGGCUCCAUUAUCUUCGCCAUGAAGUCACAACUUUCCUUGAAUACUGUGUACCGGAAUCUCAUGACGAUGACCAAAGUAUCGUGAGUGAAGGCGAUAGAGUAAAACAGGAGGGAAAUGAGAGGAUAAAGAAACAGAGGCAGAAUGCCUGGCCACACCAUGACCAAAAAGGCAGAGGGAGACACAGGAAAAGAAGCAGGAAGAAGGCAGCCAUGACGUCUCACUGCACAGGAAGUGCUGCUGAGCAAGAGACAACAGGAGAGAGGUCAACAAGCCCUCAAGAUGCGCCCACCGCUCAAAAUGCACCCGACCUGCUCAGCAACGCUGUUGUUUUAAAUGUUUAUAGGAAGGUGGCUCAUAAAAUUCAGGAUGUGGCGCUGCAAAGGAUUCUGGGGCUGCUCCAGGAAGUGGAGGCUUGCCAGGAUGCUGCCCAGAGUGAAAAGCGCCUGGGUUGUGUGGCGAGGCUUCUAGAGAUCUGGGACAAGCCAGGGCCUGUGGGAUCAAGUGCCUGCUUCCCAGAAGAGCUGAAGAUGAGGUUAAAGAAGGAGGUAGCCGGGGGAGGGAUAAGUGACUCCAGCUGGAAGGAAAUCCGACUCUCUUUGCGUUCCUUUCUGGCCCCUGCUUUUGAGCAGUUCUGGGAUGAAGUGAGUAAGGGGCUGAGGAAGCAUGGGAUGGAGUCCUCCGAGAUCCCAGAGGAGCGCUGGGGGAAGCUGGAACCGUUCCUACACUCUAUUGCCGCCAAAGUGGCUCUCAGGCGUUUAAAGAGCCAGAAAGCUCGCGAUGGAUCAGCAGCCACAGCUCAACCUGUUAAGGGGGACAAGACCUCUUUCUGGCAGUCCCUAAGGAAAGCCGCAGAGGGCUGGCCCACCAUCGAGAUUCUCCAUUUCCUCAAACACCUCCAGGGGCAUGGCCCCCCUGUGCUGGAGAGCGGCCUCCAUUUUCUACUGGAGGUGCAGAAGUUCAAGAACGCCCACCACGCCUGGCCUGACAUGGCUCUUCUGAAGAAGAAAGUCCAUGUGAUACGUGACUGUUUUCUCAACUCUCAGAUUGAGCCCCGGCUACAGGUUGCAGUGGAUACUCGGAGGCUGGGGAGAGCUAUCCGGGCAGCUGAACAGGCCGUCCAGGAAGAGAUUCCAGUGCCGCCUCCAAGCUUGUUUGAUGAGUUGAAGGAUUCAGUCUUUAAUAUUCUGCUGCCGUACUGGGCCGCUUUCCAAAAACACUGGCUCAAGCAGUCCCCUGCGAGUGCACAAAAAGCCCCAGUGUUGAGAAAUCAGCUCCUCCUCCAGAAGAGGCGGGCCAUGCUCGAAAAGGCGCAAGGGCCACCAACGCAGCUUCUUCAACUGCCACCGCUCCAGCGGCCCAGGGAAGUCCAGCAAAGCAGGGGUCAGGAGGGCUUUACUUACACUUUCUCCAUCAGCAAAGGCCUCACGCUACAGAGCAUGAGCAAAGAACUCACGAGUCACAGCAAGAAUAGCUCUUCUGGGUUUCAAAACAGGAAGAGGUCAACUGGAUUUCAGUUUCCGUCACUUCCUAAUGUGCCGGUGCUCACUUGACCAUGAAAGAAGGUACCGCCAUUAUUCAGAUCCCAAGACUUUGCAUGAAUGCUGAGUGGCAGCCAGAAGCUACUAUGGAGCAUUUUAGAAUGAUUUCCCCCCCAAAAGCUAGCUUGAUGUAACAGAGGGGCACCCAAGAGCAAGUUCACAGCCAAGAUGUUGUGCAGAUGAGAACAUGUAUGUGUUGCAUGCACACAUGUACUCCUUGCUGGUGGCCAGGAGGAUAUCACAGGAAAUGUAGCAUAUGGGAGACAGUUGAAAAUGGGACAAAAUAAAGAUUAAGUAGCAGCAA